AUGUCUUCUGACAUCUUCAACCGGCUCCCGCCCGAGAUUCACAUCAACAUUGUGAAAUAUCUCAAGACUCAGGAAGGCAACACCCAACUUCAUCUAAUGCAAGCUUUGGUAAACCUUGCUUUAAAUCAGGACUUUGGAUCUUUUUCAAGCUAUAAGUCACUUCGAGACGUUCGAUCUUUUACCUCGGCUUCCCCAACCGCAAGACGUUAUUUCCAUGCCAACCAAUGCGCCUCUUUUGUACGGCCAUAUAUCCAAAACAUAUCUAAGAUUUUCCAUGACGAAUCACUCGUACCGUUAGCAGUGAUUCUCCUGCAAGCGAGAAAGAUACGUGCUCGGACUCGUGAUUUAACGUCCUCCCAGAUCGAGCAGAGCAUCAGACCUUGUCUCGAUGCGUUCACUCGCUUCGAAAACUCAGAGCCUGAAGAGGAAUGGAAAGAGGACUUGGGUUGCAUAAAAGCCCUGACCAACAUGAAUCGGGAAUUUGAUCACAUCGUGAAUCAAUAUCCGCUGGAAGGGCGGUCAUAUCGGAGCAAUUUCAUCAAUCACUUCCUCCGUUACGAUCUUUAUUGCCAACUAGGAUGUCACGGGGAAGAAAAGCUCUUUGCGGAAAACGAACACAUCAAAGAACUCGAAUCUCAUCUCUACAAGCUCAUUAUACCAAAACCCCAAACUGGCAGCUGGGAAGCACUCAACAUGAUAUGGUUGAUGAAAAAGAUACUCGGAAGCAUCAUGGAGUCCGUCGAUUCCCAAGUCCAAUAUGUAGGGGAUGGACGAAAAGAGAUAAACCAAGUGGACGACAUUAUACGCCAAGGAGGGCCAUCGGAUUUCGUCACGCAGCGCCUCCGAGAAUGCCGGUUUAGAUCAAGACUCGAGUAUGAUACCAAGAUAUUUCUGGAUCACGCUUGUCUACAGGGUUAUCAUUUUAUUAUGUAUUUCAGACAACCUACAAGAGAUGCACGGAAUGCAUUGAUCGAUAUAUUUUUCAAAAUCACCGUUGAGAAAUUGCAAAAGAAGGCUGGGAUGUCCGGGUCUACUCGAUGUGCUAGGAGGCUAGAAAGCUUAUACCGCUCUCUCGCUAGUUGA